AUGGCCGGAAAAGGCGAAGGGCGUGCAAUCGGGAUCGAUUUGGGGACCACCUACUCGUGCGUUGGCGUGUGGCAGCACGAGCGUGUCGAGAUCAUAGCCAAUGAUCAAGGUAAUCGCACGACGCCGUCCUAUGUCACUUUCUCCGACGGCGAGCGUCUCAUCGGCGAAGCUGCUAAGAACCAGGCCGGCGUGAAUCCCGAAAACACCGUCUUUGAUGCCAAGCGGCUGAUCGGGAGACGAUAUAGUGACGACUCUGUGCAGGCCGACAUAAAGCUGUGGCCGUUCAAGGUUGUCCCGGGCCCCACCAACAAGCCCAUGAUUGUGGUCUCCCACAAGGGCGAGAAGAAGCAGUUUCCUCCAGAGGAGAUUUCGUCCAUGGUCCUCACCAAGAUGGCUGCCAUUGCCGACUCCUUUCUGGGCCCCACCCCCGUCCGGGAUGCCGUCAUCACUGUCCCCGCUUACUUCAGUGAUUCUCAACGACAGGCCACCAAGGAUGCUGGUGCCAUUGCUGGCCUCAAUGUCAUCCGCAUCAUCAACGAGCCCACUGCAGCCGCCAUUGCCUAUGGCCUCAAUUACAAAGGAGAGAAGAAGAAUGUGUUUGUGUUUGACUUAGGCGGUGGCACCUGCGACGUCUCCCUCCUCACAAUCAACAAGGGUACCUUUGAGGUGAGGGCCACCGCCGGCGACACCCACCUUGGCGGGGAGGAUUUUGACAACCGCAUUGUCGCUCACUUUGCCGCCGAGUUUAAACGCAAGUAUGGCAAAGACCUCUCUAAAAAUCCCCGAGCCCUUCGGAGAUUGAGGACAGCCUGCGAGAGGGCAAAGAGGACUCUCUCGACCAACACUCAGACCACUGUGGACAUUGAGUGCCUGCACGAGGGCAUUGAUUUCCACUCUAGUAUUACCCGUGCUAAGUUCGAGGAUAUUAACAUGGACCUGUUUGAAAAGUGCAUUGAGCCCGUUGAGAGCUGCCUGAGAGAUGCUGGGGUGGAAAAGACUGCCAUCCAUGAUGUCGUCUUGGUUGGCGGCUCAACCAGGAUACCCAAGGUUCAAAACAUGCUGCAGUUUAUUUUUGAGGGAAAGGAGCUAUGCAAGAACAUUAACCCGGAUGAGGCCGUUGCAUACGGGGCUGCUGUGCAGGCGGCCGUCCUAAGUGGCAUAGGGAAUGACAAGUUGCGGGACAUCGUCCUCCUUGACGUGACCCCUCUCUCCCUUGGAGUAAACACUGCCGGGGAGGUCAUGUCUGUCGUGGUCCCGCGGAACACGACUAUCCCCACCCAGAAGGAGCAUAGAUUCACCACACAUAAAGAUAACCAAACAGCUGCGGAUAUCAUGGUCUACGAGGGCGAGCGGGCAAGGUCAACAGACAACAACUUGCUCGGGAAGUUCAUACUGAAUGGAAUCCCACCUGCCCCACGGGCCGAGCCCAACCUUGAUGUGUGCUUUAGAAUCGACGCAAAUGGGAUACUGAGCGUGUCGGCCAAGGAGAGGUCAACGGGCAAUAUGAACGGGAUCACUAUAACCAACGAAGAAGGGAGGCUGUCUAAAGAGGAGAUUGAUAGGAUUGUGUUGGAUGCUGCGAGGUACAGGAUGGAGGACGAAGAGUUUAAGAAGAGGGCCAAAGCCAGGAGCAACCUCGAGGAUUUUGCUUAUGACAUUAGGAACACUGCCAGGGCUGCACCCGGGCGGUCGGCCGAAAGGAGAAUGGUUGAGAAAGCGGCGGUGUCAGUUAUUGAGUGGGUGGGGGAGAAUGGGAUGCAGGCCGGUGUGGAUGAGCUCAACCGUAAGAUGAGGGAGCUUGAGUUUGUUUGCAACCGUAUUAUAAAAGUGGAUAUGGAGUCCGACUACGACUCCGAUGGAUGCAUUGUCGCGGUGGUCAACUCGGGAUCGGGACUUGUCCAGAGAGAUUGUUCGUACCGGCCGCCGCCACCGGAGUUUCUCUGUUGCGCCAUCUCUCCAUUUUCUCUCGCACCGACGGCCCCGUGUCUGCCACAAAUUUCGGCUUCCUCCUUACCUUCUCUACCGGCGUCGACCGCGUUUCCUCCUGCCGACGAGCUUCGUGAUGUCAUGGCGAACUUCAAUGUCGAGCCGCGCAUCUCUUUCAUCGUCAAUCGUUCUCUGUCCUCGGUCCCGGCACGAAAAACGGUUAGAUGGCGGAAGGAAGCCGACGAUGAUUUUCGUCGUCGUUUCGCGCAGUGGCUGGUUCAAACUGCCGUCGAGCUCGACGUUCCGCCGUACAUCUUCUUCCCAUCCGCCGGCGCUUUCAAUCUUCAUACAUUACAUAUCGAUCAGUGA